AUGACUAGAUAUACGAGAGCCUUUAAUGAUAUUGUAGGAUUCCUACGCAUCCCUGAAAAGAACUCGCUCAGUACUGCAUCGAAAUCCCGGAUUAUAUUCUCGGGCAUCCAGCCCACAGGACAACCUCAUUUAGGCAACUAUCUCGGUGCACUUGAUAACUGGGUGAAACUGCAACCAAGUAACGAGGAUUCUGAAUCAAAGACAUAUUACAGCAUUGUCGAUCUUCAUGCCAUUACGAUGCCUCAGAAUCCUGCUCAGUUGCGCGAGGGAAAACUUAACAUGGCAAUGACAUUGCUUGCAUGUGGAGUAGAUCCUAAGCGUAGUAUCCUAUUUGAACAGAGCCGUGUGCGCGCUCACUCUGAACUUGCCUGGAUAUUCAAUUGUAUCACACCUGUUGGUUGGCUCGGACGUAUGACUCAAUGGAAGACCAAGAUGGAUUCAUCCAAGUCAAAAGGAUUGCAUGCCCAAAACCUUGCAGAUGAGUCACAGACUGUUGGAUUGCGCAUGGGAUUGUUUGAUUAUCCUGUACUCCAGGCCGCCGACAUUUUAUUAUACAAGGCAACACAUGUACCUAUUGGUGAAGACCAGAUUCAACAUCUUGAACUGGCACGCGAUAUUGGCACUGCUUUUAACACUACAUUCAAACCCACAUUUCCUCUUCCUGAAGCCAUUAUUCCCCCAACCAAACGUGUUAUGUCGUUGCGUGAACCAAUGGCCAAGAUGUCCAAAUCUGAUCCAUCAGAUUUAUCGCGUAUUAACCUUACUGACUCCCCAGAAGCUAUUCAGUCAAAAGUUGGACGAGCAACCACAGAUGGAGUUCGUGGAAUAUCAUAUGACCCAAAAGAAAGACCAGGUGUCUCAAACUUGCUAGGCAUGUAUGCAGCUAUGCGUGGGUUGGAAAUGGAUGAUGCAGUCAAGGCUUUUGAGAAUGUGACCAGUACAAAGGAAUUUAAAGAGGAAGUAGCGGCAUCUAUUGUAGAACGCCUAGCUCCCAUCCAAAAUGAGUUGAAGCAUCUUCAACAAGAUGUGGGCUACGUGCACCACAUUUUGGGUGAAGGUGCACGCAAGGCUAAUGAGGUAGCCAACCAUAAUAUGGAAGAGGUUUAUAAGGUUGUCGGAUUACGUUAA